AUGGCAGUACCCUUCGAGAAGAUCGCCUCCAGGCACCGAGCCUCCGACGGCUUUCCUCUCGCGCUGACUAUCUUCCGACCUAAAUUGCAAAGCGACCUCAAAGCCAGUGUGGUCUUUGCCAACGCAACUGGCGUACAGGCUCGUUUCUACCACAACGUCGCCGCAUGGCUCUCGAGCAACGGCGUAGCAGCUUAUACCUUCGACUAUCGCUACUCCGGCGCAUCCUUCCCGCUGGAGCUUGACCCCGCUAAGCUCGCCGAGGACGAGGAUUACUUUGAAGAGGCACUGCGGCAGUGUCCCGACCACGUCGACAUCACGACGACCUGGUGCAAGGUGGAUCUCGCUUCCAUUGUGCGAUUGGCGUACGAGUCGAAUUCGCACGUAGACCUUACCAUAAUUGGCCACAGCUUGGGUGGCCAUCUCAUGGCCGUGCUGCCGUCAGAUCAUAUCUAUGGCCCCAAAGCGAAAGUGAAGCGCUUGCUUAAUGUGUGCGGCGGUAAUGCGUUCGCCAUGAACCAGAAAGAACCUGAUGAGGCCGCAUUUGGUUUCAUGGAGAUCGUUGUCAAGCCACUGGCUGAGGAAAAGAUCUUCCGUGCUGCCAACUUGGGUCUGGGAUAUGAUCUGCCUUACGGUCCUGGUAGGGAAUGGGUGCAGUGGUACUUUCACCCCCACUUUGCCUUCCACCGUCUAGAGAACCUCAAGCUCGCUCGGGGGCUCAAGGGGGUCCCACUCCUUUAUGUCGGCUUUGAAGAUGACGAGAAGAUCAGCAAACACAUGAUGGAAAAGUACCUCGGCAUGUUCGACCACUCUGAUCGCCUCAAACAGAGUCUCUGGAUCGACCCGUCCAAGAAAAACUGGCCACCGUGCGGCCACGUCAACGCCUUCACAAAGAGCAAACGACCCGCGCUCGUUCCUGUCGAACACGGCGAAGCCUACACGUCACAGAAAGACUUUGAAAAUGCCAUCUCCACCAAGCCUAGACCUCCACGCAGCACACUGACCAAGGAAGAGAGCAUCUGGAAACUAUUUCUCGACUAUGUUUUGGGCAGAGAGGUGGACAAGUCAAACGCAGAAUACAAGAUUUGGACGCCGCAGGACGAGAGAGAUGUCAUGCGGGAACGGGAGGAGGAUGCCGAAGCGCGCGCCAGGAGCCCAAGGGAGGAGGAUCUCCUCUUGGGCCUGGUGCCGCCACGCAAGGCCAAGUUGUGA